AUGGUUCAUCUUUCCUACUCUCUUUAUUUUACUUUCUUUACCUGGCGUUGUUGCCUUUUGAUGGCUGAAGCUGAAAGGAUUUUUCGUUGUCCUUGUGCGUUGAGCGGCACCUUUUCUCCUUAUGCUAUGUUUGUUGCGUCUUUCUUUUCCUUUUUAUUUUCAUUGACAAUAUCCUUUUUUUUUUUGUUUGUUGCUUUAUUAUUGUUGUUUUUUUUUUCCGUUCUUUCUUGGGCGCACGGGAGGAGUGGCAGGGGAGUGCAGCAGGGUAUAGAAGCAGUUGUUUGGCAAAUGACGGAGAAUUCCAGUGCGGUUGCUGCCGGGGCUGUGGACGGCACGGUCCGUGCUGGGAGGAGCAAGGCGUUGUUUCUGAAGGAUGACGAGCGAUUUCUUUUUGACUUUGGCGGGGAAUCGGCGGUGGACGGUGCGACAAUGACGGGGAGAGAUUCCACCAGCCCCGCGUCACGCGCCUUUGCCUGCCCCCACGAGGGAGAGGGCGAUGAUGCCGACAGGCAGGCUGUCAGGGAUGGCGUGGAUGCUGAGCUUGGCGUGCGAGGCAAAGUGGCGGUGGCCUCGCUGAGCGCGGCGGAGGUGCGUCGAUGUUUUCACGCCGCCCUGAACGCAGGCAGUGAUGUUUUUUUGAAUAUGCCACUAAACGAGGCGGUUGAAAAGUUUCAGUUUGGACUGCAGCGGUACAGCGAGGCGUUGUCCCGUCAUACACGGCAGGAGAAGCAGCGCAGGGCAGUACCAAGAAAACGGACCCGUAUCAGCAGUGAUGAUGAUGAUGAUAAUAAUAAUAAUAGUAAUAACACGAGUAGUCCGAAGAACGCUGGUGGCAGUUUUGAGGGCAAAAGGCGUACACACAAGUGA